CUGAGGUAGCAAAUAUCAAUAAUAUAUUCGAGUGGUAGGAAGAGUUUAGAAAAACACAAAAAAAUGGGAACAAGCUUCGGCAACUCCACAAGGUUCUUUACUCGCGAAUUCAAUCCCGCAUCAUAUGAAACCGGUCAUCCCAAUUUGAGCCAAUACCGGCCACUGCACCGAGCAAUAUUGGAAGGCGAUUGGGAGAGAGUGAAAGAAUUUUACAAGUCACAUCCAGGAGCAGAGACAGAUAGCAUCACAGAAAGCAAGGAUACGGCGCUGAUGGUAGGGGUUAUGUCGGAGCAGAAAAUAGAAUUUAUAAAGAAUCAAGUGGAGUUUGGAAGGGUAGAUUUGAGAAGAGUGAACAAAGAGGGGAAUACUGCACUUCAUGAAGCUGCAAUUGCUGGUCAUUUAAAGGCUGCUAAGUUUCUAGUUUUAGAAGACAGAAGCUUGCUAUCCAUUUGUAAUUCGGACGGGUAUUUACCACUUCACUUGGCCGCUGCCUAUGGUCAGAGGGAGAUUCUGAUUUAUUUUCUGAGAGUAGGUGAGGAGCACAACCUACAGCUAUUGGGUUUGGAGUUGGAUAUGCUUAUGCAUCUUGAAAUACACCAAGGAUCUUCUAGAGUGUUUUUUUCCUAAAGUUUCUUAAAGUGGUGUAUUGUAUGAUUGAGAUUUAAUGCUGAAAAAUUGAUGUGACUUGUCAUUAAAUCUCAACCACACAAUGCACCACUCUAGGAGACUUUAAGAAAAAAAAACUUUAGAAGAUCCUUGCUCCUUGAAAUAACUGCCAGAUUCUUUGGUAAGUACUACUACUACCGCUACUAUUAUUAUGUGAUACACCUAUUCCUCACAAGUUUUCAUGGUCUUUACUGAUGGCUAGUAUUAGGCCUGUGCAAAUAAUCGAAUCAACCAAUUAAUCCAUUCAAACCGACCGAGCUGAUGGAAUAUUGCAUGAUUUCGACCGCUGCUAGGGUCAGUUACGAAUUACAAACCUUGAAUUUUUUGAAUUGGCCGUCAGCCAACGAAUUAAAGAUCAGAAAAUUCUUAAAACCAAACCAACCGUAUAUCUUGGGUUGUUUGGGAAGAGCUUUUUUUAGU